UGCUUAUGAAUAAAUAAAAUAAAUAAAUAAAUGUUUCAAGUUGUACUAAAAUGAAACUAUAGUGUAUAAAGUGAGUGUUUAGAACUAGUUUUGGUCAUAAAUUUAGUAAAAUGGCAGCCUCGAUGGCAAAACAAGACAAUUACACCAACGAAUACCAAAGACUGAUGAGACUAACCAGCAAUCAGGAAAUUAGACAGCAUUCAUCAGAAUAUGGACUAUCAGAGGACCAAGUCGCAGAGUUCAAAGAGGCCUUCAUGCUUUUCGACAAAGACGAAGACGGAAUGGUGACCAUGGCCGAAUUAGGAGUUGUCAUGAGGUCCUUGGGACAACGUCCGACAGAAACGGAAUUACGUGACAUGGUCAACGAAGUUGACAUCGAUGGAAACGGAACCAUCGAAUUCAACGAAUUUCUGCAAAUGAUGUCCAAGAAAAUGAAAGGGGCCGACGGCGAGGACGAACUUCGAGAAGCCUUCAGGGUUUUCGACAAAAACAACGAUGGCCAAAUCUCGUCAUCGGAGUUACGUCACGUCAUGACGAAUUUAGGAGAACGUCUUUCCGAGGAAGAAGUUGACGAUAUGAUCAGAGAGGCGGAUUUGGACGGAGACGGCAUGGUCAACUAUGAAGAAUUUGUGACCAUCCUGACCUCAAAGAAUUAGUGAUGACAAUAUCGACAAGAUCGACUUUCUACUUCCCAAACUUUUAUUCAUCGAUUUUUAUCACACACAC